UCUCCCAGGGAGCUCCGCAUGCUUUCCUUCCUACUUCCCCCUUUUCUUUCGCGUCUUUUUGAAGGUUUAAAUGUCCAGUUUUAGUUUUCAAAUGACGUUACGGAUCAUUGUGGAACCUGAAACUGAGCAGAGGAAAGGUUUGCCGUCUACCGUCUUCAGAAAUGUGAAUCAUGCCUGAGACACCAUGAAAGCAGAUGUUUGUUUGUCUACAGCUGUGCAGCCGUGUACCGAUCCCACCAUCACACGCCUCACCACCUCUGCAUGGGCCCCCAGCCCCCGUCGCCCCUGUGUGACGAUGCACGCCAGCAAAGCCGACCCGUCUGCGGACCCCGGGCUCUCAGAGACCCAGCUGGACUUCUACCACAAGCUGGGCUACUCCACGGCUCAGGUGCAAUCCAUCCAGCAGAAGUUUGGGCCCGGCACCGACAAGGACAAGGUUCUCGGGGAGCUGGUUCGGAACGGGGCCAGCCGGGAGCCUCAGCCGUGGCCCGUGACCACCCUGUCAGCACUGGUUCCCAGAGGGGACAGCCCCGGCGACGGUGCCGCACUGCUGUCCAUCACGGACUUUCCUGGUCUGGGCAGCGAGGGCGGAGACGCUCUGCGAGCCGUCGUGAUUGACGGGAGCAACGUGGCCAUGAGCCACGGAAACAAGGAAGUUUUCUCCUGUCUGGGAAUCCAGCUGGCUGUGGAUUUCUUCCUGAACAGAGGCCACACCGACGUCACGGUUUUUGUUCCGUCAUGGAGGAAGGAGCAGCCCAGACCGGACGUUCCCAUCACAGACCAGCACAUCCUGCGAGACCUGGAGAAGAAGAAGAUUCUGGUGUUCACGCCGUCCCGACGCGUUGCAGGCAAGCGUGUGGUCUGCAACGACGACUGCUUCAUCGUCAAACAUGCGUUCGAGUCCGACGGCAUCAUGGUGUCCAACGACAUGUACCGGGACCUGCAGGGAGAGAAACCCAAGUGGAAGCGCUUCAUCGAGGAGAGGCUGCUCAUGUACUCUUUCGUCAAUAACAAGUUUAUGCCUCCUGAUGAUCCCCUGGGACGCAACGGGCCGACUCUGGAGAACUUCCUGCGAAAGUAUCCCAAAACACGGAAAAAACAGCCGUGUCCUUACGGGAAGAAAUGUACGUAUGGGAACAAAUGUAAGUUCCACCAUCCUGAACGAGCCAAGCAGUCGAAUCCUGCGGUGACCAUGGAGCUGCGGGAGAGUGUGAAGCACCCGCCGGGCUCUCAGAAACCAGCCUCUUCCCGCUCCAGCCCCGGACCUGGACCCGGGCUCAGCCUAGAGGACAUGGCAAAGAAACUGGCUCUGGGAGACCAGAUGGACUCCUUACAGAGAAACGAACCCGUGUCCCAGGGGAAAGCAAGUCACCGUUCCAGCAAGAAGGCCUCAUUGAAGAAGGAGAAGGCCAGCCAACACUCGGGUCGCACUUGGAUGCAGCAUGGCGGGUCUCAGGAGCAGCUGGAUUCUGGGAUCGGCUCCUCCCUAGGGGAUGGGGCCUGGAGUCUCCAGGAUCAGCAGUAUGGAGCAUCCUACUGCCACCAGCAGCAGAACCGCCCGCCGGGAAAUGUGCCCUGCAGCUGCUGCUCUUACGGGCCCCCCUUCUGGGGCGCCAUGCCGCCCUACCAGCCCCACAGCAGCAGCCCGCUGAGCAGCUACAGCACCGACAUCAGCCCCUACGGGCCUCCUCGCUACCCCGGCUGCUGCUCAUACCCCGGGUACGGGCAGUCCCCAGACCUCAAGCACAGCCGAACGCACCCCCGCCACCAGCGGCCCUUCUGGUCCGACCCGUGCGCCGCUCAGCCUCCGGGGCCCCGCAGCCUGCAGGAUGAGCCUCCUCCGGGCAGGAGUCCCGGCCGGCCGGAGAGGGACGUCGUCCGGAAGAAGCUCCUGGCUAUCUUCAGCGCCCAGCUGGUGGACACGGCCAUGGAAAUGUUUCCUCAGCUGCUGGACCCCCAGAAGCUGGUGGCUGAGAUCCUCAUGCUGCAGAGUCAGAACCAGUCGCUGCGAUGACUGCGGCCCCCCCUGAUCCCUGCCGUUUAGACGGCCUUGAAGACCAACAUGAGUUUGUGUGUUUUUGUAUUGUGGUAUCCACCAGGCUUCAAACUGCGUCUCAGUGAACCUUAAAGACGCAUUUGGCGGUUGAUGCAAAUUGUAUCUUUAUUUAAAGCCAAAAAGAACAAGUGGAUUUUAAUGCCACUUAGUUGGAUUGAUAAUGUACGCCUGACGGUCAGAUACUGUUUAUUGACCUGCGUUUUAUUAUCAGCAUGUACUAUGCACUUAGUAUAUGAAAACUGAAUAUACAAAUGUUUUUUGUGCCACAUUGGCACCACUUUUGUGUUGAAAUAAAAGCAAAACUCUGAGUGAACUGUCCUCGCAAAGCUUGAUGUCACUGAUUUACUUUAUUUAAUGUAUGUUUGCAUUUGUUUGUGUUGACAAGCAGCCUCAUCAGAGCUGGAAACACGGAGAUCCAGUUUUAACAGUGACACCAUUAAA